UAUUUAUUUGGAAAGUAGCCAUGUAAUAAGUGGGAUAAUGUACAGUCAGCCUGUCAUUAUCACAAAAGAAAACCCUUUUAAAGGCCUUUUACAGCUAUCCAAGACCCCUCUUGUAUAUCCAGGUAUAUUAAUAAAUUCUGUAGUUUUGUAUCAUGCAAAUAAAUGAAGAAUGCACCAGUUCAACUGCAUCUAAACAUACAUUAUGGCUGGCUCAUCAUUGUGUGUUAUUGCUAGAGAGAUGGAGAGGGAAGAGGGAGUGUCUGCGUCUUGAGAUCGGACUCUUUCGGUACUCUGUAAGGAAUAUAUAGACUGAAGAGGACCAUGACACACUAGUCCGUGGAGACCAAAGCCGCAGGACGUUCCCGUACGCUUGAUUUUGUUACAGACAAACAUGGAUGAGGAAGUGAAGGAAUUUAUAAGUUGUUGACUUUAUUUAAAUGUUUACUUUAUUUUAAAUGAUCCGUGGUGCCAGCAUCACUGUACGGUUUACAUUUGUGGUUUGUUUAUAGCUUAAUGCACCAGGAAUUCAGAAUUGUUCCGGGAAUGAGCUCUGCAGACAUUAAGAACUUGUCUUCUCAUCAAACAAGAUGAGUUGCUUUUCCUAAAAUCGUUUAUCUAGCAUGACCUCUUGACCUUUGUCAGUUUUCCUGAAGGAAUCGCAUAGCUGAUCGCAGUUAGCUCUCAUUGCAAUGGCUAUUCAGGGCAUGGAGCUGUUUGCAGUUGCUGUAGUGAUUCUAAUGUUUAUAAUGGUGCUCAAACAGUUUGGCAUGACGGAGGCACUUUUAACUGACACCACUGACAGGGAUCUGGAGUUGUCCAUGGUGCGACAUCAGCCCAAGGGCUUGGAGCAGCUCCAGGCUCAGACUAAGUUCACUAGGAAGGAGCUGCAGUCGCUCUACAGAGGCUUCAAAAACGAGUGUCCCAGUGGAUUGGUGGAUGAGGAGACGUUUAAAUCAAUCUAUUCCCAGUUCUUCCCUCAAGGAGAUGCAACCACAUACGCACACUUCCUUUUCAAUGCUUUCGACAUGGACCGACAUGGUUCUAUACGUUUUGAGGACUUUGUAAUCGGCCUGUCUGUUCUGCUUCGAGGUUCUGUGACAGAGAAACUGAGGUGGGCCUUUAACCUUUAUGAUAUUAAUAAAGAUGGCACCAUCACCAGAGAGGAAAUGCUGGCUAUUAUGAAGUCCAUCUAUGACAUGAUGGGCAGGUACACCUUUCCUUAUGUAAGAGACGCUGCUGCAUUUGAACACGUGGAGAAAUUCUUCCAGAAAAUGGACCGAAACCGAGAUGGUGUUGUAACCAUCGAUGAGUUCAUAGAGACCUGCCAGAAGGACAAGGACAUUAUGAGCUCCAUGCAGCUGUUUGAGAAUGUCAUCUAGAGCGCCGCGUGAAGUGCAGAAUGAUCCUCUGGCUCUUUUUCCACAUCGACUCUCAGCAUCACUCCGUUAGUCCUCAAGCACUCCACAGGGACUCUCUAGAAACUCUGGUGUUUUGUACCUAGGCCUUGCACAUCAUCUAUAGCAUGUGAAUGAAUAUUUUGAUUGAUUGCAUUGAAUGCUUUAACAACAAGAUGUGAGCCGUCUGAGUGUCUCAAUUGAACCUUAAGCAUUCAAGACAGGUUGUAAAUGCUCAUUUGUAUAUAUGUAGAUAAAUCUGCGCUCUUAAAACUGGUUGAUUUCUGCCUAGAUGAAUUAACUUUUGCAUGUUUGCCUGCUUUUUUUUCAAAGAAAUAAAGGCAUCUGUGAAUGACUCCA